AUGAGUCCACCACGAUCGGCCGCAACCCUCAUAAGUCGCGCCUGUCAAUUCUGCCGAGCACGCAAGAUCAAGUGCGACAACAAAAGACCCCAAUGCGGAUCCUGUGCAAAUCAUGGUCGGCAAUGCACCUAUACUACCGAGCCCCCGCGCCAGAGGCCUUCUCGUGCGUUAAUUGAUGCGGCGCAAGAAGAGACAAGGACUUUGCAGCAGGUAUUGAUCUCGUUGAAAAAUGCGAAUGAAGAAGAUCGGAAUCGCAUCUUGGAUUCAAUGAGUUUAGAGGGAGGCACUUCUUUUCCAUCUACAAUUUCUCUGGGAUCGGUUUCGACGCUACCAGUCGCUCAUGAAGUUGUGCCCGACAACAAGUUCUCUAGAAAUCCUUCCCACCACCAACCAGAGCAAAAACUCGCUACUAGCCCUAAUGAAAAAAGUCUGACAACAUUCAUAUCACGCGAUGAAACUGGGAAAAUCCGUAUCUUUGGGCCAACCUCUAACCUUCGCAUCGACAGUCCCACUAAAGAUAAAGUUACGGUCGCUUCUACGGCACCACCAGGAUCUGGAGAUGCACCAGACCGCUAUCAAUUAAUCGCGAAUGCGGCCCUACAAAGACAGAGAGAGCAUGAUCUCCGUAUGAAGGAAAAUAUAGGUGGUAUACCAUCCGAGCUUGCUAUGCAUCUUUUGGAUUUGCACUGGAAUCGUCAACAUCAUACCUAUCAUCUAACAUAUCGGCCCGCUUUCAUGCGAGAUCUCGCUGAAGGAGGUCCAUACUGCUCUGAAUUCCUCCUUAACGCAGUAUUUGGUUGUUCCAGCAAGUUCUCUGAGCGAAUAGAAGUUAGAGAGGACCCGUUGUUACAGGAAACCGCCGGAAAGAUGUUUUUCGAUCGUUGCGAUGAACUGAUAGCAGAGAAAUCGCUGCUGGAGGCCUCAAGUAUUCCAACUAUAACAGGACUACUCAUGCUCGGAGCUACUUUUAAUGCUAAAGGACGCACUUCGAAAGGUUGGCUCUACGUUGGAUAUGCCCUGCGUAUGGUUUAUGAUCUUGGACUGCACCUCGACUGUAAAGAAUUCUCAGGGAAAGCAGAAGAUGUUGAAAUUCGUCGGCGUGUGUUUUGGGGCGCAUUUAUCUGCGACAAACUACAGAGCUUAUAUUUCGGGAGGCCCUUCAUGAUUCAACUUCAGGACGCCCAGGUCUCCUGGGACUUGGCCGACACUUUUGAAGAAAACGAGAUGUGGUGUCCCUAUAUUGACCCGAAGUCUAGUAGCAUGGUAGAAUCCAAACAACAAAGGCCAAUUCGACUUUACUCAAUCACGACCUUCCAGCGGCUAUGCUCACUAUCUCGGUUAAUGACUAGUAUCGUUGACUAUUUUUACGUUGUCGGAGCGACCCCAGAAAGCUCGAGGCCAUUUUUAGACCCGACAAAUGAAAGGCUACGCUCUUGGUACCAAGAAUUGCCACUAGAAGUACGCUUUGAGCCAUGGAAUACCUCUGCAUCUGAUGAAAUGCCGGUGGCAGCACCCAAUGUGAUAGCACUCCUCACAACAUAUUAUUCGCUUGUCAUUCUUCUUCAUCGACCUUUCAUUAGAAAUGGCCAUCUCUGGGCUCUAAAUACGUUGACAACCGACUCCUGGGAACGUUGUGCCACGGCAGCCAGAAAUAUUACGAGCCUAGCCUUGGAAUACAAAUCGGCAUAUUCUUUGCGACGAGCUAAUUACAUGCUUAGUUAUGCACUUUACGUAGCAUGUACGAUUCAUGCCCGGAACCCAGCAGUUCGUGAAAGCACUAAAAAAGGGGACAUCUCUUCGCCUUUGACAGUUUGCUUGAGAUGCCUUGACGAAUUAGCUGUGCCGAACUGCGGUGUAUCUGUACCGGCCCAGAUAGUCAGGAAACUGAUGCAAGCAAACGGUAUUCCUGAUAUCUCCGUACCUAAAUCAAAUAACGAUGAGAUACUCCCUCUUGAUUUCAACUUCAACCAGCAAGUAUUUCCUGAUACAUGCAUUGACAAUUAUACCGCUAUUUCAGAAUUUCAGCCUUUUAUCGAGGACUUGGACUCGCUGUUUGGCUUUUUGCAAGAGUCUGAUCCUGCACAAUUUGAUGGUCGAUAUCAAUGCCGAUGA